AUGCCGAGGGAUCCAAAAGAGCCUUUUCACGAUGUGAAUGCGCCUGGUUUCAAGGUGUACAUUUAUACUCUAGAAAAUUUACUGGUAAGAUUGCUUAGGGAACGGAUAAGAUGGUCCGAUCUCUUGGAUAGAAAGACGGGCAAGCCAGUGUCCAAUGUCCACACUGGUAGCCAAAUCUUUGUUCUGGACCAAUCCUGCAACAAAACCUGCAGCAAAUGCAUCUCCAGCCCCGUUAGUGUCGGUGACUUUCGAAGCCUCCAGGGGGUGGACAGGAUACUCCUUGACGGCAUAAGUACCAUUGUUCUGCUCAACGACCAAAGUAGGGUCGGUACCUUGGGUGAAAACAACGGUUCUUGCUCUCUUGGUGUUUGCCUUGGCGGAAUCAGCAAUCUGCUUGGCGACUGCAACCAAGUCCUUGGAGUCCAGUCCGUUGGCUUCAGCGUAGGCUGCAGCUUCGGAUUCGUUACAGAUGACGUAAUCAACGUAAGGAAGGACCUUGAGCAAUGGCUCUUUGAAGAACUGAGGAAUGAACGGAGCAGAGAAGUUGAGCAACAAAGGCUUGUCUUCUUCAGCAGCGUGUUUACCGAGCAACUCGAUGGCCUCUGGGGAAACAGUCAAGUGGAAGCCUCCGAUGUAGAAAAACUUUGCGUUUUUCACAUGCUCCCAGUUUUCAGGUUUUUCCAAGUGGGAAGGUUUGAAGUGGUUGGCGGCAGCCAAGUCGGUGACCAGGGAUCUGUGAGGGCCGUUGAUCAAGGCAGCGCACUUACCGGUGGCGAUUGA